AUGACAUGUAAUCACUGUCAUGUGAGAGAAGCCAUCAUCCGUUGUGGGGAAUGUUUGCCCUCAGAGUGGUUUUGUGCAGAGUGUGAUCAAUUGGUACAUAAACACCACACUCUGCACAGUAGGCAGAGGCAGAGUUUGAGUGAAGAGCCAGGAUUCUUUGAUGGAAUGUUUUUAGCCAAAGACUCCAAUUUUGUUAAUUUUGUUGAGGAAGUCCGGGGGGCUAUCAAGAGUACGGCAGGAAAAGCGACGUGUGGGGAAUCCAACUGGACAGCAGCAAGAGAGACAUUAAAGCAGGCCAACAAGUUGGAUGAAGAAGGUGUAGAAAUUGCUGUGUGCAGGCAUGGAUUCCUCCUCAAAGGUCUGAAUAUGUAUAGAGGAGAAAUCUUCGCAUAUCCAAUGUUUCUCCAAAAAGAGUUCCAGGGUGCUACAUUUUUGGCUAUGGAUGUGACCUGCCGAUAUGUGCCAUACCUGGAGAAGGUGUCAGAGGCCCUGACUCAUCUUCAACCUCUUCAGAAAAUGAGACAUUGCUUGUCCGUGAUGCAUGCAAAUGCCCACAAUACAAAAUGCGAGAUUCUGUGGAAUGCAAGGAACCAGGAAGGUGCUGGAACCACUCUUGGUGAAGAAGUAGAGCAAGUCAAUAGUUUUCUCUCCAGAUGUGCCCUGACCACAAAGUAUAUGGCCAAGUCAGUAAGAACUGAUAUGCUUACUGUCCACGCUAUUGGGUGGAAUCAGCGUAAAGAGAAUGUCCUUCACAUUGCCUUGUCUUCCAGAUACAAAAAGACAGUAGAAAAGACCUUGGAUGUAACAGAGAGCCUGAAGAAGAUGCAGGACCAGUUGCACUGCUAUCCGAAUGGAUUCACAGAGGAGGGUUCCAAGGGCCUCAUCAGUCUACUUAAGAGAAGACUGCAAGACCUCAGACUCAAACAGCAGACUGUAGCAUGCACGUACAGAGGCAUUCUCGAACCAACUCCUAGGCUGGUGGAAGAGGAAGAAGGGGAAAUGGAGGAAGAAAUGGACUGGCAACAUGACAUCAGCUCUGAGGAUGAGGAUGAGGAUGAUGAUGCAGAGGUGGGGACUCAAGUCACCUGA